CUAUCACAUCAUUUUCUUGUAAACAACAUGCACUUGAUCAUAUAUUCUAAUGGCAUUGUCCAAUCCCACUGAAAAAAAUUCACAUGGAACUAAACGGCACUGUCAGUAAAUUUUCCAAGCAAUUCUCCUACCUUUUUAACUUUUUCUACAAAUAAAAUUGGCAUUUAGCUACUGUGGACUUAAUCCAAUCACAUGUUAAUUCCUUGUAAACAACCUGCAUUUUAUCACGCAUUUCACACACAGGACAAAGUCCAGAUAGACAACAACCAAUCAAGGAGCACUCUUUAAAAUAUCAUCCUUUUCUAUUGUUCAAUGUAUUUUCACAUAUUCAAGAUCACAGUAUAUCUUGUUUAGGGUCUAUUGGAGAUACAACAUAGUUUCAGUUUGCCUUUCGUAGUAAAAUUACAUGGAAUUAUAUUUUGGAAGCAAUUUACUGUAGACAUAUAAUUUUGAUUGUCUCUCUGCAAGAGGAACAGCAGUAAGUGUAGUCUCUUUUGCAACCAUUAUUUGAUCUCAUCACACAAUGCGCUCUCCCUCAAAUGGGGAAUGUAUGGUGUUGUGUGACAAAACUAAACAACAGUUGUGAGGGAAGCAACAGUAAGUGUGGCACAAAUGCAUUAUAUGCAAUGCCAAAAAAAUUAUUGUUGCAUGCUAUGCAUGCCUAUGUUUUAUGAUAUGCCUCAAGUAUGCCUGAUUGUGUUUGGGUUGUAUUUGAGGUAAAGAUAAGUCUUCAGUAAUAUGUAAUCUUUCCUAAAUGUAUUUUUUUAGAAACCCUGGUGGAAAGGCUUGGAUUUCUUGCUCGCGAAUCAACCAGCCCACAAUUUAUGGAGAACUUGUCAGACCAAAAAGCAUUGAAGAAGAUGUAGAUAAUAACACCAUAUCUGUUGAGGCCUCAGAAGGAUUUUCAGUACAAAAUGUCAGCAAGACUAGCCUUACUCUGUCAUUUCCAGAAGCAAAUUGUUCUUCAAAAUUUAUUUCCCCAAGUGGAUCUUUCCAAAAUCUUCACAGCAAAAGUGUUCGAUGUAUAGAUAUAUCCCCUGGAGGGGGACUAGGUGUGUCCAGUGGAGAUGACAGCACUCUUCUUGUCUGGGAAACUUCCACUGGUGUUGUUAGGCAUGAUCUUCAAGGUCACAUUUCAGACAUAAAUACUUGUAAAUUCUUUCCAUCUGGAAAAGUUGUUCUCAGUGGUGGUGCUGAUUUGCAGCUAAAAAUCUGGUCAGCAGAAGAUGGAAGUUGUCCUGUGACAUUGAAGGGCCAUACAGGAGGAGUUGUUGACACAGCUAUUGUUGACAGAGGAAGAAAUGUUUUAUCAUGUUCUAGGGAUGGAACUGUACGGCUGUGGGAUUGUGGAGAAGCCAAGUGUCUGGCAGUUGUGUCAAGUGGUGACUGUCCUGUGAAUUCAUGCGCAUUGACACAGCUCCAAGGGAUGGAAAGUACUCCUGAGUCAGACAACCAAUCUAGUGAGCGAGAGGUUGGGACUGUUGGGAAAUUACUUUUACUCGCCCAAGAAGACGGAUUUCUUGAGGGUGUGGACGUACGUAACAAGGAAAAGGUUUUUCAGGUUAAAUGUUCGUCAGCUGUGAACUGUUGUGCAUUUUUGUCGGAACACGAAGCUGUCGGUGGAACAGAGGAUGGUUCCUUGUGGUGUGUAGACGUUAGAUCUCCAAGUUCACCAGUUGGCGUGUUUCGCCGUUCAUCCUCGCCUAUACUUUCUUUAUCAACCACUGGUGAUCGAGCAUUUCUAGCAUCUUCGCGAGAUGGGGCAUGUUUUUGUUGGAGUGCGAAACUGUUGAGGCAUGGAGGAAGCGAAGAAGUGACGAGCUGGGAGUUGAUCGGACCCGAUUACGACCCAGUUUACAGUAUUUGUCGCUCGGCCAACACAGUGCACUCUGCUUGUCGCGACAAAACCAUUAGAAAAUAUAUUCUUAAGAAGUCUGAACUUCCCACCUAAGACUGUGGGUAUAUGUACAGAUAUGUCCAUUGUAGAAAACCUUUAGCGAAAUAGCUUUAAGAGGAACUUUCAUCCAUCCAUGGUGGUACUCCAAGUGCAAACUUGUCGUCUCAGGAGCUAUAGCGGUAUCUUGCCGAUAAUCACUUUCGAAGUCGUCUUUGUUGCAGUGGAAUUUGUCUAAAUCAGUUUUAUGCGACCGCAGGCGCCAGAUAUGAGGUGCCCUCUCCUGUCUUUGGAUUUAUUUGUUGCCACCCAUUUUGAAUGUCUGCGUUCCAUGUGUUGUCCUUGUGACUUAGUUUCGGUCACAGAAGCUUUGAAUGCAAUCUUUGCCCUUCAAACACGAGGAUCUACUGCAAGAUUCCGUUAAUUGAACUCACGUGAUCCAAGCUUUACAUAUACACAAGAAUCAUAGUUCACAACAAAGUUCAAUCAAAUGUUCACCAACCUCUAUUGAAACUAA